UUCAGGCUGAUCUGAAAAUGCCCAACACUCGCUCUCAGAGACAACCAACUCUCCAGUUCCCCAAACGCAAGUCCUCCAGGAUCUCGUCCCAACACAAAAGUGUGCAGCCCGAUGUCUCGGACGCUCCUGCCACCCCUCCGUCUCCCAGAAAGCCAGAUGUGCUCGUCAGAAAUGUCUUGCUUUCCCCCACGAAGGCCGUCGAGAACGUCCGAAACCUUCCUCUUUCACCCAGGAAGAUGAAUGUCUCAGACGUCCGUGCCAUUCCCCUGUCUCCUCGAUGCCACAGCCUCCAAAGUGUCCCGGAAAGACUUCCUCUGAGCCCCAGAAAGCGCACAGGGGAUGAGAACGGAUGCAAUCUGCCACCAUCUCUUCUGGGUUCUCCUCCCAAACAGAGCCGUCCAUCACUGGGUUCCCCUCGCAAGCUGUCUUUUAAUGAGAACACCCCUGUCUUCUCGUCUCCUCCUCCUUUCCUCAGCAGCCUCAAAAUCCCUGUUUCAUCCUCGACUUGUCCUUCUCCCAAAAGCCCGAAAGAGGCCACUGAAGCUGAAUCUGAUUUCUUGGAGAAAUGCUAUCUUUCAGAAUCGCAGUACCAGUGUGUGAAACAGGCUCUUCACACAGCCGUGCCUGAGCGACUGCUCUCGAGGGAGGCCGAGCGAGACGUCAUCGUCUCCUUCCUGGAGAAACACGUGAUUCCUGGCAAGCCGUCCAGCCUGUACAUCUCCGGAGCUCCUGGAACGGGGAAGACUGCCUGCUUGAACUGCGUGCUUCAGGAACACAAGGCUUCGCUGAAAGGAGUUCGGACUGUGGUGAUUAACUGCAUGACGCUUCGUAGCUCUCAUUCAAUCUUCCCUCUUCUGGCUGAAAAACUGGGACGUCGAGGCCAUGGUGAUUGCAAGCUUGAGAAACUGCUGACCAGUUCAGGCCCCACAGUUCUGUUGGUCCUGGAUGAAAUGGAUCAGCUGGACAGCAAAGCCCAAGAUGUUCUGUAUACCAUCUUUGAAUGGCCUUAUCUUCCCAAGUCUCGCCUGUGUCUCAUUGGUAUCGCGAACGCCCUCGACCUGACGGACCGCAUUCUGCCCCGACUCCAGGCUAAGCCUCACUGCAGGCCACAGCUUCUUCACUUCCCGCCUUACAGCCGCCAGGAGCUCGCUGCCAUCGUCCAGGACCGGCUCACACAGGUGGCAGGAGAAGGAGUUCUUGAUGGUGCUGCUGUUCAGUUUUGUGCCAGGAAGGUAUCUGCAGUGUCGGGAGAUGCCCGAAAAGCUCUAGACAUCUGCAGGAGAGCUGUAGAGAUGGUCGAGGCCAACAACAGAUCCAAGACGUCUUCUGCUUCUACAAACGUUACGACAGAUACUAAAGCGGCACGCGUGAGCGUUCCUCAGGUGGCGCGGGUUCUGUCGGAGGUGUAUGGAGACCGCAUGGCCACCAGUGGAGGGGAGGAAGGAGAAAGUUUCCCUCUGCAACAGAAGCUGUUGGUCUGCUGUCUGCUCCUGCUCACACGCAACGGCAAGAGCCGAGAGAUUCAGCUGGGCAAGCUGUGUGAGACGUACAGUAAACUGUGCCAGCAGAGGCAGGUCAGCGGAGUGGGCCAAAGCGAGUGUCUGUCAUUGUGCAGUUUACUGGAAAGCAGAGGCAUCUUUUCUCUCAAGAAGGCCAAAGAGGCUCGACUUACCAAGAUCUCGCUGAAGAUCGAGGAGAAGGACGUGGAGAACGCGCUGAAGGAUCGUGCGUUGCUGGGCAGCAUCCUGGCUGCGGGUCUGCAGUGAUCUGUUGCCACGACUCCCAUCACCAUCCGCCGCUGUGCUGCCAUUAAUUUUAAUUUUCCCCAAAAUAUUGUGUUCAGUUUGUGUAAAUAUUUGUACAGGAUUUUAAUUUUAUUCUUCAAUAAACCUUUCACUCGUACCAACAGAAUGAAACGGA